AUGUGCGUGUUCGCGCCGGGUGCUCGACCCCCCGUGUACGUGAGCGUUUGGCUGGCUCUGGACGACUGCGACGCCGUUAACGGCUGCUUAGAGGUGUACCCUCAAGCUCGGGACCAGACGCGCCAGCAAACUCCGAGCGAGGAGGACGAUGCCUGUGUCGUGUGCCUCCCUGCAAAGGCCGGAGACGCGGUUGUUUUCCUGUCAAAUCUCUGGCACAGAAGCGGGCCGAACCAGACCGACAACCCGAGGCGCGUCUUCUACGCUCAGUACUGCCUCGACGCCAUCCGGGCAGCGCCCUCUGACCCCCGCCCCCUAAGCCUCGCCGUGCCUUGCAUGCCUUCGCGUGGCUCGCGCUCCGGUAAGGAUGCGCCCGACAUCGUGAGACGGCUGUGCGCAGAUGACCGACCACCCGGCCCUAGCGACGAGGGAGGCGGUGCCGAAGGAAGCUCUAGGAACGACGACGCGUCUGUCGAGGUGGUACAAUCAUCCGGCGAUCCCGAACCAGAAGCUCCUACUAGCACUUGUGGUGGUGAAGUAGAUAGUUAUAGAGAUGGUGGACGUCAAAGCGCCGAGGGUGCUAUCGUCAUCGCGCCGCCCGGAACGGAAGAAGACGUGGAGGGUGCCGUGAUAGCCGCGAAAGGGGACGUUUCACGCCUGUCACGGGGGGUGGCGGCCUCUCGAGAGGUGCUGCUGCGGCGGCGGCCCGGAGAGGCGGAGGGGAGUCCGGGAGGAGGGUUGGAAGCGGGCGGAAGCGCCAAGAAGAGAACUCGACGGGACAGGGAAGAUACGCCGCUCCCUCGUGACUUGAAGUAG